AUGAAUAAUAAUACGACGUCGCAGUUCAUGGACAAGCAGAUCAUGGAUCUAUCCAACUCUCAAACCAACAAUAGCAACAGUAAUGAAGAUUUCAUCGAUUUCAUGAACCGCCCAUCGGAGGAUCAUAAUAAGAGGAAAGAUGGUAUUGUUCCGAGUUACGAUUUCCUGCCGAUUCGACCCUCCGGUGGAUCAACGUCGCCGACGCCGCUGCGGUCAAUGAAUGUUGAUUCCGGAAAUGACGACCCACCGAUUAGGACAUGGAAUUCUUUGGAUUCUAAAACAAACUCCUCUUCCGUCAGAAAUUAUAGUUCUCUUGGUGCCAUUGAACCUGCCAAGGACAUUUUAGAGAGGGACCGUAAUGUCAUUGAUGCAUCUUUGGUUUCUGAGAUUGAUAGAGCAAUGAAGAAGUAUUCUGAUAAUCUGAUGCAUGCAAUGGAUGGUGUUAGUGCACGACUAUCCCAGUUGGAGACAAGGACCCGCAACCUUGAAAAUUCUGUGGAUGAUCUGAAGGUGUCUGUUGGAAACAACCAUGGAAGCACUGAUGGAAAAUUAAGACAGCUGGAGAAUAUUCUUAGAGAGGUGCAAACUGGUGUUCAGUUUAUAAAGGAUAAACAGGAAAUUGUAGAAGCUCAACUGCAGAUUUCUAUGCUGCAAGUUUCGAAGGUUGAACAGCAUGUUGAGAACCCCAACACUUCUCGCACUGAUUCUACCCAGCUUGGAGCAUCUGCUCAUCAUCAAUCUCACCAGCAGCUUUCUGCAGUUCCUCUUACGCAGCCACCUCCCACCUCCUCUUUACCAAAUGCUCCUCCUCCACAGCAGAAUCUACCGCCUCAAGUUCAGCUUCCCAACCAGUAUUCUCAAAACCAAGUUACUUCUGUCCCUCAGCGAGAGUCUUACUUCCCCCCACCUGGCCAAACUCCAGAAAACCCAAGCCAGCAGUACCAAACACCUCCAGUGCAGCCACAGCAGAUCGCCCCUCCAUCACCACCCCUACAGCAACAAUAUCAGUCACCUCCUCAGCAACACUACUCUCAGCCACCCCCACCUCCUCAGCAGCAGUACUCUCAGCAAUCUCCACCUCCUCAACCACACUCUACAAGUCCUCCUGUGAACCCCUCUCAACCUCAGCUGCCAUUGGGUCGUCAUCCUGAAGAAACACCUUAUAUACAGCCACCUACUUACCCACCGAGCAUUCGCCCACCUGGGCCACCUCCCUCUCAUCCCUCCAGUGGAGCUCCUCCACCACAGUUUUAUGGACAUCCACCCAACACAUACGAGCCUCCAUCUAGCAGACCAAAUUCAGUAUAUUCUGGUUCUUAUGAUUCGUCAUCUGGUCUAGGGGAACCUUAUUAUAGUGGCUCACCAUCACAGUAUGGCAGUGGCUCCCCUGCGAAACCACAGCAUCACUCUUCUAUGUUGGGCCAGAGUGGUGGAAGUGGUUAUCCCCAACUGCCUACUGCUCGAAUAUUACCUCAGGCGCUGCCUACAGCCUCUGGAGUCGGUGGAGGGUCCGGUUCUACUGGUAAUGGAAACAGGGUCCCUGUUGAUGACGUGGUUGACAGAGUGACAAGUAUGGGAUUUUCAAGAGACCAAGUGAGGGCAACAGUCCGAAAGUUGACAGAGAGUGGACAAUCUGUUGACUUGAAUAUAGUUUUGGACAAGUUGAUGAACGAUGGAGAUGGCCAUGGUCCACGAGGUUGGUUUGGUCGGUGA